AUGGCGGCAGUUGCAUUGCUUCCAGCUUCCACCCUCUCUCCACCAUCACCUCCCUCUCACCUCCCUCUCUUUCCCACUCCUAACCAUCUCUCUCCCCCUUCCCUUCUCCUUCCACAGCCCAAAGCUUCCUCUACUUGCCAGCAUCUCAGGUUCAGGAUUGCUUCUAGUGGCCCAAGUGUAGCAGCUCCAAUGGACCAGAGAAGCAGUAAUCUCAAAGAGAUUUAUAGAUGUUGCGAUGCUUGGACUUGGAAUGGCUUCAAGAUCAAUUACCUUGUCAAGGGGAAGGGCAUGCCUCUACUCCUUGUUCAUGGUUUUGGUGCCUCUGUUGCGCACUGGCGUAGGAAUAUUGGAGUAUUGUCGGAAAAAUAUACUGUCUAUGCCAUUGAUCUUCUUGGUUUUGGUGAUUCGGACAAACCAGCGGGCUUUGCUUAUACAAUGGAAGUAUGGGCACAGUUGAUUUUGGACUUUUUGGAUGAGAUCAUCAAAGAGCCUACGAUAUUGAUCGGCAACUCAGUCGGAAGUCUUGCUUGUGUCAUUGCUGCUUCUGAUUCUACUAAAGGUUUGGUCCGAGGCCUUGUGUUGCUAAACUGUGCUGGUGGGAUGAACAACAAAGCCAUAGUUGACGACUGGAGGAUCAAACUUUUGUUGCCUCUGCUUUGGCUAGUAGAUUUUUUACUGAAGCAACAGGGAAUUGCGACAGCAAUUUUUAAUCGUGUGAAACAAAAGGACAACUUGAAGAACAUUUUGCUUUCUGUAUAUGGGAACAAAGAAUCUGUCGAUGAAGAUCUUAUUGAGAUUAUUAGAAGGCCGGCUGAUGAUUUAGGAGCUCUUGAUGCAUUUGUGUCAAUUGUAACCGGCCCACCGGGACCAAGUCCGAUUUCAUUGAUGCCGAAAAUUUCUCUGCCUAUUUUGGUUUUAUGGGGUGACGAAGACCCGUUCACUCCAAUUGACGGACCGGUAGGGAAAUAUUUUUCUUCAUUACCAUCUAAACUUCCGAAUGUAAGUCUCUAUCUACUGCAAGGAGUCGGUCAUUGUCCUCACGACGAUAAACCAGAUUUGGUUCAUGAAAAGCUGCUCCCUUGGCUGGCUAAUCUUCCUACUAUAUGAAUGACAUUUCAAUAUGCUGAUAAACUUUCUUGCUUUCACAAUAUAUAUAUACUGUGUAUUUUUUUUAGUUCAUUAGUUCUGUAACUAGAUCAAAUGUCGGCAUAUUUCAGCUCCAAUGUCAAUUUUUUGUGCUGGAAAUGAUCCGAACUGCACCUUCAAAUGUAUCAUCAAUUCAUCAAAAUAAAGUAU